AUAUGCGCUAGUGUUUUGGAUACUGAUCUGUCAAUACAGCCACUGUUGAACAAAUAAUUCAAAGUUUGUUGCAUUCAAUAUGGCCGUUGACAACUAUCUCAAUUUUUAUAGAAAUUUCGGUCGUAAUACACGGCUUUUCUAUUUGCUCCAGUUAAGUUUUGAAUCUGCUUGCUAUCGCAAAAAAUUAAAUUAAUUGAAAACAGUCACGCUUUCCUUCGGUAAACUGACGUCACUCACAACCGCCCCUAAGCUCACUAGAAUCAAGUUUGAGCAAAAUUAUCAAUAUUUUGAAAAGUGCGGCCAGUCUAACCCACAAAAUAACCCACCCGGGAUGUGUUCUGUGGUCUAACCCACAGAGUCUAACCUUCUUGACUGGAUAGUUAAAAGUUUAAAAAAUUAAUCGGACAAAUUACAGUUUGCAAUCACAAUUACUCACUUAAUUGGGUAAAACUGUUGUAAUGAGAAUUGAAUGAUAGAAUAUGGGGGUACGUGUGUGGUGUUUUUCCUUUGGCUUGUGUUGUUUGUUUUUACUAACUAAACAGUGUCCAAGAAAAUACCCUUUUGAGCAUUAUUUAGCUGUGCGGACACCAUACAGAUUCGUUUCAAACAGCAGCCUACAUAAGGUCAAUUAUGAAGGAUGUAUUCCCAAGAAAGUGUGGAUGUUAGUCAGACAUGGAACGCGGAACCCAAGCAAAUCGAAUUUGGAACCAAUCAACAGCCGAUUGCCAAUAAUAAAAAAUAAUGUUUUGAAUAGUAAAAAAGUCCCUAACGACUUUAUCAAAAACCGUGAUCUUGAUUUGUUCAAAAAAUGGAAGUGGACCGUAAAACUAGAGGACGAAAAAAAAUUAACUCAUGAAGGCGAAGAUGAAAUGCUGCUUAUGGCCGAAAGAAUGCAAAGUCGCUUUCCUGAAGUAUUCGAAAAUGUUUAUAGUAACACAACGUAUAAGUUCAAGUACACUUUUUCGCAACGAACCAAGAAAAGUGCCUUUUAUUUUGCGGCGGGAUUGUUUGGCAAAAAAACAGCCAAAGAUGUCUGGUUUCCAGACCCGAUAAAAGCCGACCCAAUUUUGAGAUUUUACAAGCUUUGUAAGAAAUGGAAGGAAACGGUUAAGGCUCCCGUACACGAAAAUGGGGAGCAUAAAAAGUUCCAAGAGUCACCUACUAUGGCUAAAGUGGCUAGCGAGGUUACUGAACGACUGGGACUCACAACUAAAUUAAACGUCUCUGACAUAUACACAAUGUACAUAACUUGCGGCUUUGAGACUGCUUGGAAUAAGCGACCCAAAUCCCCGUGGUGUUCGCCAUUUACCGAAGAAAACUUGAAGGCUCUAGAAUAUAUAGAUGAUUUAAAACAUUACUGGCAGGAUGGAUAUGGUUAUCAAUUGACUUACCAACAAGCCUGUCCGGCUUUCGGAGAUCUCAUCAAUUACUUUAAUGCAGAAGCAGCAUUCCCCAAAGUGACGGUUUACUUUACACAUUCUGGAACCUUGCUAAAAAUGCUGGCUCAUAUGGGUUUAUAUCGGGACCAAAACCACUUAACUGCCUCAGAGUUUGGAAACAUGGCGAAUAGGAAAUGGAAGACCGGUCUCAUUGACUCUUUUGGCACAAAUUUGGCUUUUAUACUUUAUGAGUGCGAUGGGGUGAAAAAAGUACUGACUAUGCACCAGGAAAACAUCAUUAAGCUUCCGUGCUGUCCAGAGUCAGACCUGUGCGAGUAUGAAAAAAUUUAUGAUUUCUAUAGUGAAAGUAUUGAAAGUUGCGACUUUGAUGCAAUGUGUGAUGAAUCACAUAGUGAUAGUGAUAGUGAUUAGAAAAUUACUUUAAUUUUCAUUAAAACACGAAUAUUAACAGAUUCACAAAACAGUUACUACGUUUUACAAAACAAAUAUUUUGCCAAUUACGGCGUGAAAUAAAUUAUUGUUACGA